UUUUCCCCCCCUCCAGCCCCCCCAAAAAAAUGUCCCACGAGGAGCCUCCGCCGCUUCCAGGCGAAGCCCCCCCGGUCCUGACUCGGCUGCUGCAGAUUUUGGGGGACGAGGGGCUGAGACCCCAAGUCAGGAAGGAGCUGCACAAGGCCGAGGCCUCCCUGGCCCGUUCCCAGGAGAUCCGGUUCCGCUGGGAAACCCUCUGGAGAAUUUUGGGGGAGAUCCUGAGGGACCCCCGGGGUUUGGAGCCUUCUGUGCUGCAGGAGCUGCAGGAGGAGCUCACCUGGGCCCAGGUGAGGAGGGGCCACCCCGAAAUCGCCCCCCUGGUGCCUCCCCCCAAGCGCUCCCCGUCCCUCCCCCCCCUCCUGCUGCCGGAGCUGGAGCGGCGCCUGCGGGAAAACCGGGAGCAACUCCAGGAAUUCCUGCUGGGAAUUCCCCCAAAUCCCCCGGGAAUUCCCCAAAAUCCCCCGGAAUUCCCCCAAAUCCCCCCGGAAUUCCCGGAAAUCCCGAGGGAAUUCCCCAAAAUCCCGAAGGAAUUCCCCAAAAUCCCGAGGGAAUUCCCGGAAAUCCCGAGGGAAUUCCCGGAAUUGCGGAGGGAAUUCCCGGAAUUGUGGAGAAGGCCCCCGAGGGGCUCCUGGAGGCGCAGAGGCUGCGGCUGAGGCGGGAGAGGCGGCGGGAGAGGGAACUGCGGGAA